AUGUACAACGUAAUACGUUGGAUAGCUAGAAAUACCGAUCGUCUCUCCACGGGAUACUGCGGUGGCCUUGAUCCGAGGUGUGAGAGUUUAGUUGACAUCGCUAAUCGAGACAACGAGAGAAGGCGCAAGGCGCCUGAAAUGACGGGCACGCGACGGGGUACUGCAUCGCCCCGGUACAAGACCAUCCUCUUGACACCAAUCAUCGUACUACUUCUGCAGGCACACAGUGUUACAGGGGGAAUUUGCUGGUCUUCGAUAAGCAACGGCAAGUGCAAAGAGCUGAUGAACCAGGGUGUCACGAGGCAGGAGUGUUGCGCAUCAAACGCAGCAGCUGCAACAGCCUAUUCCGACGAGGAUCUCGAUAGCGGGAGUCUGUUCUUCUGGAGGGUGCUUGGGGGUGGUGUUCAGUGUCGACCGUGUCGAGAGAGCUGCGCAGAGGUACGUUGCGAGGAGGGAAAGAAGUGUGUUGUCAGACGGGGAAGACCGAGGUGCGUUUGUAGUCCAGAGUGCAAAUCACCACGUGGUGGAAGUGGACCGGUCUGUGGUACCGACGGCAGGAGCUACCGUAGCCUCUGCAGGCUCAAGAAACACGCAUGCAAAAAGGGAAGCCACGAGCUCACUGUUGCCUACAACGGUUACUGUCAAAGUUCGUGCGAGCGUGUACGCUGUGGCCAGGGUCGAAGCUGCCUGUUGGAUCAGAAUCUGAGUCCUCACUGUGUGAGGUGUGCUCGCAAGUGCCCCCAGGCACCUCACCAGGUCGCGAGCGCACGACCCGUCUGCGGAGCCGACGGAAACACCUACAAGAGCGCCUGCCACCUGCGCCUCGCCGCCUGCCGAGCUGGUCGGGCCAUUCCCGUCGCCUAUAAGGGCCACUGCAAACCAAACGCAGAUUGCACAACAAUACGUUGUCGCGAGGGCCAAACCUGUCUGACAGAGAUGAACUCGGGACGUCCACGGUGUGUCACAUGUACCUACAGAUGUCCCCGGAAACGCGAGAGAAUCCGCGAACGCAAACGAGACAGACACCGCGAAAGAGACUGGGAUCGUGAUUCGCCGAAUAAUUCACUGCUGUGCGCAACAAAUAACAUCACCUAUCCAAGUUGGUGUCACAUCGUCAAGGAUGCAUGCGUCACGGGUUUCGUCCUGGAAACACGACACGCUGGACCAUGUGAUUCCCAUGAUGCAUCGUUUUACGGAGAGGAGAAUAACACAUCAACGAGCUACGGUGUUGAUCUCGCCGACGAGAUCAAGAUCAGUGGAAGAAACAUAAAUUACAAUUUUGCGGGAUCCAUACCAGAAAACUUCAGUAAAACCAGUCACUCGAACAACUGGGCAGUUCUAGUCGACACGUCUCGCUUCUGGUUCAACUAUCGCCACGUGGCCAAUGUCCUAUCAAUCUACCGCUCCGUCAAACGUCUGGGAAUCCCCGACUCCCAGAUAAUCCUCAUGAUCGCCGACGAUAUGGCCUGCAAUCCCAGGAACCCGCGUCCAGCGACUGUCUUCAACAACAUCAAGCAACACAUCAAUGUCUACGGAGACGAUGUCGAGGUGGAUUACAGGGGCUACGAGGUGACGGUCGAGAAUUUCGUCAGAUUGUUGACGGGAAGACUGCCCCCUGAGACGCCCCGGUCCAAAAAACUCCUCACUGACGAGGGCUCAAACAUCCUUAUUUACCUGACUGGUCACGGGGGCAAUGGAUUCCUCAAAUUCCAAGACUCUGAGGAGAUCACCAGUCAGGAUCUCAGUGAUGCUCUCGAGCAGAUGUGGCAGAAGCGACGUUACCAUGAGAUUUUAUUCGUCGUCGAUACUUGCCAGGCUAGCUCCAUGUACGAAAAAUUCUACUCGCCGAAUAUUUUGGCUGUGGCGUCGAGUCAAGUGGGGGAGGAUUCACUUUCCCAUCAUGUGGAUCCAAACAUCGGAGUGUAUAUAAUCGAUCGUUACACCUUCUAUGCGCUAGAAUUCCUCGAGACAGUCGAGCCAUCAGGGACCAAAACGCUCAACGAAUUUUUGAAAGUAUGUCCGCAAUCAGCCUGCCUGUCCAAAGUGGGUGUUCGCACAGAUCUCUUCAAAAGAGACACGAGAAAAGUUCCAGUGACCGAUUUUUUCGGCUCUCUACGCCCAGUGGAAUUGACAAACAGUAUUAUUCAUCUCACUCCUGUGAAUAAGAGUCGAACUGAAAUCCCAGAGGUCGAGAAGAAGUUGUUCUAUGCGCCACAAUUUCCCGAUACUUCCAUAUAUACAUAAGUAAAUAAACAUUUCCUAGAUACAAUACAUGUGUAAUCUUAAAAUCACUCAAUAUGAUUCAAUUUAAUUGAAAAUUAA